AGGCGUCGCGAGUCCCUGCAGGAAAGUUACUUUGAGAGCUCCGCAAGAGGAGGCGGCAGCAGCAGCAGAAGGCGUCAAGGCACCGGGGGAGACGCGGAUACUCGACCCAGCUGGACCCCUGGCACCGUGUGGCUAUAACCGUGCUGAAGAGGGUCAAUCUCAUCGAAGGCAGACAAAAAGGUUGCAUAGACAGGCAAUCGGUCGCGAGUGGAGGCCAUGGCGCCCUUCCUGAGGAUAACCCUGUCCAAGUACGACCUGGGCACUGCCAGCCAAGAUGAUGGAGGACAGCCUUUCUGCUCGGUCAACAUCAAGGAGUCAUUGGACACAGAUCGCGGGAAGACUCUAGUGCAGAAGAAACCCACGAUGCAUCCCGAAUGGAACAGCAGCUUCGACGCCCACAUCUACGACGGGCGCGUGAUGCAGUUCGUGCUCAUGGUGACGCCCGAGAGGGCGCUCUCCGACACCACCCUGGGCGUCGCCUCGCUCGCCGAGAAGUGCAAGAAGGGCAGCGGCCGCACGGAAUUCUGGCUGGACCUCAAGCCACAGGGCAGGAUCUACCUCGUCGUCAAGUACUUUGUGGAAGAAGCAGACCUGAUGUCCCCCAUGGCCGAGUUGGCGACACUGAACAAGAGGCGCGGGGCCUUCAAGCUGCCCAAGGUGCACGAGGUCAAGGGCCACGAGUUCGUGGCCACGUUCUUUCGGCAGCCGACGUUCUGCUCCGUGUGUCGCGACUUUGUGUGGGGACUCAACAAACAAGGCUACCAGUGUCGACAGUGCAAUGCCGUCAUUCACAAAAAGUGCAUCGACCUUGUCAUCGCAAAGUGCACCGGCUCGGCCAAGAACAGCCGCGACACGCUGUUCCACAAGGAGCGGUUCAAGAUCGACAUGCCGCACCGCUUCGAUGUGAAGAACUACAUGAGCCCCACGUUCUGCGACCACUGCGGGACGCUGCUGUGGGGACUCGUCCGGCAGGGCCUGCAGUGCGCAGAGUGCUCCAUGAAUGUUCACCACAAGUGUCAGAAGAAGGUGGCCAACCUGUGUGGCAUCAACCAGAAGCUCAUGGCUGAAGCGUUGGCUCAGAUUGAGAGCGCUCAUUCGGUCCGAUCCCAAAGGGACAGAGAGAAGACGGCCCGGGAUCCCACCGUGGAUAUUUACCAGGGCACGGAAACCAAACGCCUCAGUGCGGUAGACGGGCACUACGAGAAGGCGUGGGACUCGCACACCGACCCGCGCGCCCCCGUGCCGCCCAGCCGCGUCGCGAGCCUCCGCAAGGAUCUGCGCAGGGUCACCCUCAACGACUUUGUGAUGCUCAAGGUCCUGGGCAAGGGCAGCUUCGGCAAGGUGAUGCUGGCAGAGCUGAAGGGCCGCCAGCAGUACUUUGCGGUGAAGGCGCUCAAGAAGGCCGUGGUGCUGAUGGACGACGACGUGGAGUGCACCAUGGUGGAGAAGCGCGUCCUCUCCUUGGCCUGGUCUCACCCCUUCCUCACGCACCUCUUCUGCGCCUUCCAGAGCGAGGAGCACCUGUUCUUCGUGAUGGAGUUCCUGAACGGAGGAGACUUGAUGUUCCAUAUUCAGGAGAAGGGUAGAUUUGACAUCGCCCGAGCUACCUUCUAUGGAGCAGAGAUCGUGUCGGGGCUCCAGUUCCUGCACCUACAUCGCGUGAUCUAUCGCGACCUGAAGCUCGACAACAUUCUGCUGGACCGAGACGGCCACGUGAAGAUCGCCGACUUCGGCAUGUGCAAGGAGAACAUCAGCGGAGAGCUCAAGACGGGCACGUUCUGUGGGACGCCGGACUACAUCGCCCCCGAGAUCCUGGCGGGGAACAAGUACGGCACAUCGGUGGACUGGUGGUCGUUUGGCGUGCUGCUCUUUGAGAUGCUCAUCGGGCAGUCGCCCUUCCACGGCGACGACGAGGACGAGCUGUUCGAAUCGAUCCGCACCGACGUGCCACACUACCCGCGCUGGAUCACCAGCGACUCGCGCGGCAUCCUCGAGAAGCUGUUCGAGAGGGACCCUCAGAAGCGACUGGGAAUCGUCGGAGACAUCCGCGCGCAACCGUUCUUCAAGACCAUCGACUGGACCGCCCUGGAAAAGAAACAGAUCACUCCUCCGUUCAAGCCGAAAGUGAAAUCUGCCGGCGACUACAGCAACUUCGACAAGGAGUUCAUCAGCGAGAAGGCCAGGCUCUCCCUGGACGAGAAGCGCCUCGUGCAGUCCAUGGACCAGUCGGUGUUCAGCGAGUUCACCUUCAUCAACCCGGAGUUCAGCCGUUUGCUCAAGUAGCAGCGUGACCGCCCUUGGGGGGAGGGGUCCCGCCGCCCGCCCGAUCGUUUAACCCGCUGGCUUGACGCCGGAGUUCACGCUCGGGGAAGGUUUUCGUGGGGGGGGGGGGGGGG